UUACAGAAAAGUAAUUUUGAAAAUAAAACUUAUGCUGUGUAGGCACCAUCUCCUUUUAUUCAUCAGUUCACUGUAGCAUCUCUACUGUACUGUAACAUAGUGACAUGAGUUCAUGGUUUGGUAGUCGCUCUAGCACAGCCAGCAACGUACCAGCAGUCAGUUCUGUUCAGAAACAAAAGCACAAGCAGAUAGAGUGUCUGAGGGAGCACAUUCCAAAUGCGGUGGAGGUGAGCAGAGAUGAGUUGUAUCGGGUCGACCUGACCGUGAACAGUCUGACCAUAACUCUGGAUAUUAAGCUGCCUCAGAGCUUUCCUCUGACUGAUCAUGCCCCGAUCGUGACAGUGUACCCUCCAAUGAGACAUCCCUGGAUCAAUGAGCAUAUGAUGGUGGAUGGGAGUCCGGCCAUCAAGAAUUUUUCAAUUCACUCAAACCUGGGCAAAGCCAUUCAACAAAUUGUUAAGGAGUUUACAGAGCACCCUCCUGAGCUCCUCCCCAUGUCACACCCCACUCCAGUGCAGGCCGGCUCCAGCAUGUUUUAUGUCCCUCUAUUUCCUCCCCCCUCGAGUGCACCUCACACAACGUUCAUGUACAGCUCUGUACCUCACACGGUGACCAGUGACGAAUGGGAGCAUGGGGGAACCAGGAGACCAGCCCCACCACCCUCUGUUGCUGUCCCUGCCAGGAGUCGCUACGUGCCCCCCUCUCUCCAAGAUAAAUUAGAGGACAUUGGCCAAAUGAGUACUGAGGAGCUGAAUAGAUACCUCAAUGAGGAAGAAGGGCCGGUCCUAGUCGAGCAGUACGUCACAAAGAUGGAUGUGAUCCGAAAAGUGCACAGCGACAGAGACCAGUUAUUGGCUGACAAUGAAGGGCAGGCUGGUCUCAACCUGAGAGUUGAGCCCGACAUGCAGGAAUCAUGGACACAGCUUCAGGAAAAGUUCUUAGAGAUGCAAGCACUGAAGACUGAUUAUGAGAAACUGCUAGAAGAACAAAAACAGCUUACUGAGAGGUACCAGUCCAAAAACAUUGUGGCUCGAUUGAAGACACUGACGCAGGAAGCAGAAACUGAAUCAGAGGUCAUUGCAGAAGAUUUUCUAGACAACAAGUUGUCUCUUGCAGAGUUCAAACAAAAGUACAAGCAACAGCGAGUGCUACACCAUGAGCGAAAAUCAAAGCAUGAAAAACUAUCUUAUUCUAACUCGUCCUCACGAAGAGAUACUCACUAUACCUAGUAUGAUUAUGUGUGUGCUUAUACUAGCUGAAGUGCUGCAUAUAACGUAAUAGUCAGCUCAUUUGCACAUUACUUUUUUAUGUCAUUGAUUUGAAAAUUAUAAUUGUCAUCAUAAUCA